AUGAAAGAAUUACUUUCUAUUAAGUCAAAUGCAAGUGAAUACAAGGUUGACUCAUAUAAAAACCUUUUGAUCACUAACUCUAAUGCCGUUAACUCACAAGACGAUGACUAUGAAAGUGAUGACUUCUCUGAGAAGCAUGGAUUGAGGAGAGGGUUAAAACUGAGACAUGUUCAAUUAAUAGCUUUGGGUGGAUGUAUUGGUACUGGGUUAUUUGUUGGAACCGGUUCCUCACUACUGCAAUGUGGGGCUGCUUCUUUACUUAUAAGUUAUGCAAUAAUGUCACUUGUGCUUUAUCUUGUAAUGAAUAUGCUAGGGGAGAUGACGACCUUUCUUCCUCUUCCAGGAAAUGGGCCACAAUCAUUUGUAAACAACUAUGUGGACAGUUCUUUGGGAUUUGCCAUAGGGUACAAUUACUGGUAUUCCUUCGCCAUGUUGGUGGCGACAGAAGUCACAGCUGCUGCUAUAGUUAUUCAAUACUGGAAUGACACUAUCAACAUAGCAGCCUGGAUUUCAAUUUUACUUGUGGUAGUGCUUGUGCUCAAUAUGAGCUCAGUAAAAUAUUUUGGUGAAUUUGAGUUUUACUUUGCUUCUUUGAAGUUAUUCGCAAUAACAGGUUUAAUUAUCUUAGGAAUUGUCUUAUUCUUUGGUGGUGGACCAAACCAUGAUAGACUUGGAUUCAGAUAUUGGAAGAAUGGUGGUGCAUUCAAACAGCACCUCGUUUCUGGUGGUACGGGGAGAUUCUUGGGUGUUUGGACGGCAAUAAUUAAAUCAGGAUUUGCUUUUAUUUGCGCCCCGGAGCUUGUCUCGCUUACAGGUGGAGAAUGCGAGAAGCCAAGAAGGAAUCUUCCGAAGGCUUGUGACAGAUUUGUCUAUCGUUUGAUAUUCUUCUACAUUUUCGGUACUCUAGUGAUUGGAGUUAUAUGUAACUCGAACAGUCCCAGGUUAAUGAGUGCAAGCAGCGAUGCAUCAGCUUCACCAUUCGUUAUAGGUAUCCAAAAUGCUGGAAUUCCUGCGUUAAAUCACAUUAUUAAUGCCGCUAUUUUAACUUCUGCCGCAUCUUCAGGAAACUCGUUUUUGUAUUCAGCAUCGAGAUGCUUAUAUGCCUUAGCUUUAAAUGAUUCAGCUCCAAGAAUUUUUAAAAGAGUAAAUAGGGCUGGUGUUCCUUAUUACUGUGUUUUAAUUUCGUGGGCAAUAGCCUGCCUUUCAUACCUCAAUUGUUCAUCCUCGUCGUCUGAUGUCUUUACUUGGUUUUCCAAUAUUUGCACCAUAUCAGGAUUUAUCAGCUGGAUUGCAGUAUCUAUAGCCUAUCUUAGAUGGAGGAAAGCAAUCAAGUACAAUAAUUUAGAGGAUCGUGUUACAUAUCGUACCCCUUUCCAACCUUAUGGAACCUACUUCGUGAUAGGAUUCAUUGGGCUUUUAACUUUAACGAAUGGGUACGCUGUUUUUUUCAGUUUUACUGCUGGUGACUUCCUUGGAGCUUAUAUCACGUUCCCAAUUGUUUUUUUCUUGUAUUGUGGACACAAGAUAUUUAUCUAUUUACGUACAAAAAAAUUAAAAUGGGUAAAUCCAAUAGAGGAAAUCGAUUUAAUAACUGGCUUAGAUUUGAUAGAAGAGGAAGAUAGACUUACACCUGAAAGAGUUCCCAAAAACUUAGCUGAGAAGAUAUGGUUUUGGAUAGCAUGA